AUGUCUUUCUACCCGCCGGGAUGGGACUACGAUCGGCAUACAACAUUGUUCGGUGGCCUCAGAGAAGCUGGUCUUUUUGACCAUGUGAUGGAGGUUGCGGAACGCCGCGACCAAGAGGCUCGGGCUGCUGCGGAUGCCCAAAAACCAGAAGAUGAAAAGCUCGCGCAACGAGAGAUUUUUUCGCCCUACCUAGACAACUUGAAAAAUGUUUUUAAGUUCUCUGAUCAAUGGUCCGAUUGGGCUCAGUGGGCGAAAUUUCGCAGUCGCUGGGACCAGAUUAUGCAGCAGGAAAUCGCUGAGUAUCACAAUUAUCAUCCUAAACUGGACCGAGCGAUCGAAGUGCGGAAGAACCGCUGGGUAGAAGAUCCUACUUUGGAUAGCGCCUCAUCUCAGGAGGUUUCCCGGCGCUUCGAUGAGAUGUGGCCAAAUCUCUCCCGUGGAUAUUCCACUUCUGUCUGCCUUAUGGUCACGCCGGACUCUUUGGAAUCGGUUCUCAACUCGCCUCUUCCGUCUUCAGCCCCUCAGGCGGAACGCAAAGAGCUCCCUUUUGUGCUCGCGAUAUCAAGGGUUGCUCAUGAAAUCCCGAUCGAGCAAGACACAGAGGAGCUAGAAAAAGAUACUGACUGUAAACCACGGACGUAUUUUAGGGUGGCCGUGGAAUCACUCAUGAAUGAUCUGUAUUGGAUUACGGCUUUGGAUAUCAUGGACCUAGCCUCCUAUCACCGCUCCUCUUCAACUUAA